CUCGGCAAGAUGGCGGCCGCGGCCACCGGCCUGCGCCAAGCUGCUGCUGCGGCAGCCAGUACCUCGGUGAAGCCCAUUUUCAGUCGCGACCUGAACGAGGCCAAGCGGAGGGUGCGCGAGCUCUACCGCGCUUGGUAUCGGGAGGUGCCGAACACCGUGCACUUAAUGCAGCUGGAUAUCACGGUGAAACAAGGACGGGAUAAAGUCCGAGAAAUGUUCAUGAAGAAUGCCCAUGUCACAGACCCCAGAGUGGUUGAUCUGCUGGUCAUUAAGGGAAAGAUGGAGCUCCAGGAAACCAUCAAAGUAUGGAAGCAGCGGACACACGUUAUGCGGUUUUUCCAUGAAACAGAAACACCAAGGCCAAAGGAUUUCUUAUCUAAGUUCUAUAUGGGCCAUGACCCAUGAGGUCACCUGAUGGGAAGGUGCAUGUUAAUAUUUAACUAGAGUAUAAAUAAACUCAUUAUUUGAUGGUUGGUUGUGAUAAAAUUGCACUGGUGAACCCCU